AGGCGAACUACCGCAGGUACUCCGUCACAAUAAUUCAUUCAUUCAUACAACACUCGGAAAGUCAAAGCCGAGCAGCUCAUUCAACAUAAUCGUUUCUCGGCGGCCGCAGCACCUGGGUUUCUUCGUUCUAGUCGAAUACGCGGACUUAUUUACUUACGAUUCUAAACAUUUUGGUACUUUGAGCCGGCGCUACCCAUACUGUGGGUUCUUUCGGAUUUUUUUUUUUCGGAAUUUUUGGGUGAUUCGUGUCUUGAAGUUUUUGGUUUUAAGUGGGAAAAGAUAUUUUAAAUACUUUGCGUUGUUUUGUUUUUCAAGAUGAAUCGCGAGUGGUGUUUCGCGUUUCUCAUUGGAUUUCUUACUCUGCAAUGUCCUUUCAUUGAGGGAUCCUGCUAUUUUUCCCAGCAAUUUCAAGGAGAAUAUGUGAUGCAAAAUUCAGCGAAUGUCGGAGGUGGAAUACAAUACAGCCUGUUGACAAUCACUCCAAAUUCCAUAUCGAUCUGGGGAAAUUGUCAUAAAAGAAAUGAUAAUAACGUUAUACUCAUGUUCAACUACACUGACACGUCCUGCUUCACGUGCCUGCACUUGAAACUACGCUCCCCGAACGUCCUACAAGUGUUCGCUUCAAGUCAGGAAACAAUAUCCAAAUGUUUUAUUAAUGAAGUCUUGGCGGAAUUAAAUUGCCCUUCGAAAAAAUCCCUCCAAACACGUGGUGAAACGACGGAAAUAUUAUUGUUCAAAACGAAAGAUGACCAAGGUAUCUCUACACAGAAACAAUAUUGUCCUAUAGAUGGAAAGUAUUAUACAAAUUAUAGAGGGAAAAAUCCUUUGAGACCACACGAAUGUAUAGGCUUUAAUUCGACAGUGGAUUCGUGCCCUUCUGGCUCAACCCUCAAUAUUAGAUUGCGCAGCUGUACUUUUGAUAGUUAUGAUUUGAGAUUUGAUUGUUUGGGACAUUGGAGAGGAUCAGGCUUGGAAACUUACUUGGUUUUUACUGAUAGCAGACAUUUGGAGGGACAGAAACCUAAAUACAGAUGUGCUCUUUACAAACAAGACAAAGUAACUGGUAAAAUAGAGAUGGCAGUAAGCAGAGACUCCACUUGCACCUCAGACCUCUAUAAUGCGACAAGUGGAUUCGAAACAUUCAUUUUGGCUCCAAAAACUGAAAAUCCCUGGCCUCCAGAAGUCAGUUUCGGAAUUUGCAGUUUUCCCAAAUGGAUGUUUGGUUAUUGGGAAUAUGUUAGAGUUGAAGGCGAUACUAUGGUUUACAAGGAUCAUAGUUCAUUCAAAACGUAUACCAUCAAAUGUGCUGGAGCUCGUGAAGAUGGAGAUAAAUAUUUUAUAUUCAGUAGGACUCAAUGUAACGAGGAGUCGUUCAAUUGUAUGAAGAUAGCUAGCAGAAGCAAGAAUAUUCUGGAAUUCCAACUAGGAAUAAAUUCUAGCCAAAGCAAGGAUCCAUACACUUUGUGUGCAGAAGAAAAUUUUGAUGAAUAUUCCUGGGUUACACAGGGCCGACUAGAUAAUAUGUCCAAGCCACAAAAUGGACUAUGCCCCAUAACUGGAGAAUAUACAGGUCGUAUACCAGACGCGCUUGAUCUUUGCGCCAAGCUUUGGUCAGACUGUAGGGCUCCUGAUAUAAUGUACUAUCAAGUUUCUGAUUGCUCUACAAAAGAACUUUACGAAGAACGGGAAUACCACUGCUUGGGUCAUUGGCAAGAAUCAAAUUUAUUAUAUACAUACACUCAAAGGAAAGAUGUAGCUGAUGGUACUUCUGAAUGUUUUGUGGGCUCCAUAAUUUCUGAUAACGAAAUUAAUAUCAAAGAAGCUGGGGAACACUGCCAAAGAAAUAUGGAUCCGAUGAAAUAUGGAAUGAAACUAACGAAAACUAAACCUCUUUACUCUUGCGCGGAGCACAGUACCACUACCAGACCUAAGUUUGGGCCUACCGGGUCUCCUAGAUCCAGUACGGUCAGUCCAACACGCAAAGACAUUGAAUCUAAUGCAAUACCAAAGUUGCCUAAUGAAAACAGCUCCUCCCAGAAGGCAUCCAUAUAUUUCAUGUUGGCGUUUGUUGCAUUAUUUGUCGCGAAACAGUUUUAAAGCCAGCUCCAAAGAAACAGGAUUUUUGUUUUCAAUUUAGCAUUAAUCUUCAGUUUAUUAAUUUUAAAUAAGAAAACAUUAUGUAAACAUUUUUCUUUGUUAGAAACUUGUAUUUUAUGAGUAGCAUUUGUCCAUGUUUAUUAUAGUUAUUUCAUUAUUCAAACCGAUACAAUCGGUUAUAGACGUUUGUCUUCUUUUUAAAGUGGCAAAAUGUCCGUCUGUAGUUGUUGCCAAAUCUCCAAAGGUGUAAUGUUUCUUAAAGGUCUUCUAUACAUUUUCUGCUUGAAGAUACUUGCAAUGUACUUAUAUUGUGGAACAACGUACCUACCUACUUUCUUUAACAAAACUGAAAUCAAAUGUUCAAUUUAUGUCUAAAUAUGAUAAAUUUACAAUGGAGAUUACAGGUAUGAAUUCUUCUAAUAGGUAAUUGUGUUUCGUUACUGGUUAGGCUAGAGGCUAGCAAAAUUUAUUUUUUGGCUAAAAAAUAAUGGGUUUUCAAAAAAAAAAAAAAACUAAAUCAAAGGGGUCCGUUGAUUACAAAAACGUAUGUCGCGUCGGUUUCCAUAAACAAAUGACUGAAAUGACGCGCAACGACAUAUUUUUGGCAUUAUUUAUUCGUCAGAUUAUUUUUGCUUGAUAAAAUGCCAUUUUCGAUAGAAGAAAAAAAGGGGAAUAGUGAAAAGUUUAAAAAAUCAUAGCUCUCGCAUCCUCUCCUCUUUGAUUAAAGUUUUUUUUUUAAGACCCGCUGCUACCUUGCCGGAUUCCUCGGUGUAUUAUUCUAGAAUUAGUUUGUUGCAUGUUUUGAAUAGUUUUUAUUUAUUUUAUUUAAUCAUAUAUCUUACAAAAUACGCAAAGCAGAUGGCUGGUCAGUAUGUAUACCAAUUAGGUACAUGCUUGAAUCAAACUUUUAGGCAUUUGCUUUGUUUAUUUAUAAAAAAAAAAAGGUAUAUUUUUCCUAUUGGUGAAUGAAAUUGAUUUUGGAAUGUGUGUAAUGUUAUUAAUGUUAGACUCUAAAUUUGAACUUAUUGUGAUGUAUUCUUAAUGUAUUAACCAUAAAUAAAUGUAAUAUUGCAGUGAAAGAAUU